UGGUGACUGUACCAGCCUGCAGUCAGUGCUGGGAGUGUUUGAGGACUUGUCCUUACAUGUCUGUGUGAGAUUAUGUCCAGGCAUGUACCAGUGUUUCACAUAGGAGGGCCCAGUGAGUCAGACCUCUGUCUGUCUUAUAAAAGCUGAACAGUGACACAGCAGGGCUCAGAUGAUCUUUUGUUGUCAGUGAGGAAGCUUUAUUAGAAUCUGCUUAGAGCAAUGUGUAAAAUUAUGGCCACUCACAAACGGAUCCUGAGCUCCCUGGGGAAUGGGCCUACCCGAAGAAACCUCUUUGGCCCAGUUGACAGAGAGCAGCUGACAGUGGAGUACCAGGCUGCCCUGCGGAAAGACCUGGAGGAGGCUUCACGACGCUGGGGCUUUGACUUUAUCUCCGAUAAGCCUCUGGAGAGCAGUGAUUUCCAGUGGGAGGGGAUCCCAGGUACCAAGGUGCCCCUGCUGUACCGCUCCUGUAUGUUCGGUGUGGGUCCAGCACAGGGUCGCAGUGAAGUGGUGGCAGCAGUUUACCCUAAAGCAGGAAGGGUGGGUCCAUCAGAAAGUGAGAAGGAAAACAUCCUAAGAACCCCAGAGAGAUGUCCACACAACCUGGAGAAAACCCCAGAGAAAAGAGAGAACACAGGACUCAAGAGGAAACAGACUAAUAUAACAGAUUUCUAUCAGGCUAAAAGAAGAGUAGUGGGAACGCCGAGGAAAUCUGGCGAAUGAUUCCUUUUUGUUUUGCUUUUUUAAAUUUUUUUUAUUUUUUGCAGUUUCAUGCAAAGGUGCCAAAAUACCCACAUCCUCCCAGACCGUACUACACUCAGGACUACACAGACUCUGCACAAUCCAUCAUGUGGAGGAUUUGAACUCAGUAAAUCAUGUCAAUGGAAGGGACCUCAGCUACG